AUGGGGACAUCUUUACCUCAAAUCAAUCACUUCCUGCUCACCUUCCUCGCCAUUGUAGUUACUGGGUUGUGCAUUUGUAGCGGAAGCAACACUACUGGGAUUUGCAAGGAAGAGGAGAAACAGGCGCUUUUGUGCUUCAAGGAGGAGUCAAAAUUUCCAGGGAAUUGGGUUGAUAGAGCCGAUUGUUGCACUGAAUGGGAAGGAGUUGUGUGUGAUAAUGUAACCGGUCAUGUCAUUGAACUCCAUCUAUCAACUUAUGAGGAUAAUCUUCAGAGAGGUAAAUUUAGUUCUUGUUUGCUUGAACUGAAACAAUUACGUUACCUCGAUUUUAGUCGUCUCAAUUUCAGUAAGUCUCACAUCCCGAAUUUCAUAGGAUCUUUUGUAAAUUUGCAAUAUAUUGAUCUAUCUUACACAAGGUUUGAAGGAAUCAUCCCCCAUCAACUUGGAAACCUUUCACAUUUGCAUACUUUAUGUUUGGGAGACAAUCAUCUCAAAGCUGACAGCCUUGAUUGGCUAUCCAGUCUCUCAAAUUUAAAAGUACUGGACUUGUCUUUUGCUAACCUUAGCAUGGUACAUAAUUUGGCAGAGGUGAUUAAUAUGCUUCCUUCCUUGCGUGAGCUUUAUUUAACUGAUUGUCAUAUUUCAAAAUCAUCACAUCCACUUGGCCAUAACAAAUCUUCACUUCAAGUCCUUGAUCUUAGAAGUAAUGAAUUCAACACUGUCAUUUUUAGAUGGAUAUUCAACCUUGAUAGCCUUAUUUCACUUCAACUAUCUGGUUGUGGUUUUCAAAGUCCGUUUCCUGAUGAUUCUUGGAAUUUGACAUGCCUUAGCAUUCUUGACAUUUCUGGAAAUAAAUUCGGUGGCCAUCUUCCCAAUAGUCUUUGGAACUUGACUUCUUUGUCAUACCUUGAUCUCUCUGAAAAUAUGUUCACGGGGGAGAUACCAAAGCCAAUUGGAAAACUCAACAAGCUGCAAACACUUAGACUUUUUAGCAACAAGUUAUAUGGACCACUUCCAGAGAAUUUAGGAUAUUCAUUUCCAAUGUUAGAAACUCUUCACAUUGGGGAUAACAUGUUAGAAGGCAUAGUGACGGAAAAUCACUUUGUUAAUCUCACCAUGUUGGGGUAUUUACAAGCAUCUGGCGGAAAUAGAUUAACAUUGAAUGUUAGUCUAAAUUGGAUACCUCCGUUCCAACUUCUUGUGCUUCAUCUAAGUGGUUGGAAGCUGGGUCCUCAAUUUCCUACUUGGUUAAGAUAUCAACAUAGUAUUGGCGAGUUGGACAUAUCUAAUGCCGGAAUGCAAAGUGAGGUUCCAAGUUGGUUUUGGAGAUCUUUUCAAUUUAUUCUCCUUAAUCUUUCACACAACGAGUUGCAAGGUAAAAUUCAAAGUAUCUCAGUAUCCAAGUCAUUUGGAUUUUCACUCGUGUACUUGGGUUCUAACCAAUUUAGUGGUCCCUUACCUCAUAUCUCUAGUCACAUAAUUGAGCUAGACUUGUCAAACAAUUCUUUCUCUGGAGAUAUCUCUGACUUCUUAUGUCAUGCACAAAACAUGUCAAAUAACCUUCAAAUACUUCAUUUGGGAGGAAAUGCUUUAUCUGGAGAAAUUCCGGACUGUUGGAUGCAUUGGCCAAAAUUGAGAGUAUUAUAUAUGAAGGAAAACAAAUUGGUUGGAAGCAUACCAAAUUCCAUUGGGCUUUUGAAUAUGUUGGAAUCUUUAGAUGUGCACAAGAACAAGCUUUCAGGCCAUAUACCUCCAUCGUUGCAAAAUUGCACCUCUCUAUUCAAAAUUGAUAUGGGUGACAAUGGAUUCACAGGGAAAAUCCCAAGAUGGUUGGGGACUAGUCUUUCAUAUUUAACAAUCUUAAGUCUUCGAUCAAAUAAGUUUUAUGGUGAAUUGCCUCUAGAGUUCUGCCAUCUCACAUCCCUUCGCAUUUUAGACCUUUCCAAUAAUCACUUCUCUGGUUUGAUACCUAGGUGUCUUAAAAAUUUCACUGCAAUGGAGAAUUUUCCCACGGCUGAAUUUGAAAUAAGUUAUUCAUUUUAUCCAAAUGCCUUCGGUGAAAGUGCUCUAGUUACAACAAAAGGACUUGAGUAUGAGUAUGAUUCUAUGCCUCUAUCAUUGUUUGCUGAAAUGGAUCUUUCAAGUAACAAUUUCUUUGGGGACAUUCCAAUUGAAUUGACCAAUCUUUCGAGGUUGAGAUCCUUGAACUUAUCAAGAAACAAUUUGACUGGAAAUAUCCCUACGGAAAUGGGGAACAUGAAGUUAUUAGAAUCACUUGAUCUUUCAAGAAAUCAAAUUUCUGGAAAAAUUCCAUCAAGUUUCUCCAGUUUGUGCAGUCUAGGUGUUUUGGACUUGUCUUAUAACAACCUCUUCGGGAAGAUACCUUCAGGUACUCAGCUGCAAAGCUUUAAUGCUUCGUGUUAUGUUGGCAACAACCUUUGUGGCCCCCCAGUCUCACAAAAUUGUAGUGUUGGUGAUGGCAAAAUUCCCAAAAACAAAAAUAAAGGAGAUGAUGAUAAUUCUGGAGUGGACUGGUUCUAUGUUAGCAUGGCUAUAGGAUUUGCUGUGGGCUUUUGGGGGAUCUGUGGUUCUUUGUUUCUUGUGGAACCUUGGAGGAUUGCCUAUUUUAAGUUUUUGGAUAACAAGUGGAAAUCCUUUUUAGCAUGGGCACAUGCUCUAAGGACUUAA